GUGCCAGAGCGCUCCGCCCGCCGGGGCGCAGGCUGCGGCCCGGGCCGGCAGGAUGCUGAACGUGCCCCCGCAGGCUUUCCCCGCGUCCAGCUCCCAGCAGCGGGUGGCUGCAGGCGGCCGCGCCAAGGUACCUUUAAAACCGGGAAGGAGUCUUAUGGAUUGGAUUCGGCUAACUAAAAGUGGGAAGGACUUGACUGGUUUAAAAGGGAGGCUAAUUGAAGUGACCGAAGAUGAGCUUGCUAAACACAACAAAAAGGAGGACUGCUGGAUAUGUAUAAGAGGAUUUGUAUAUAAUGUCACACCAUACAUGGAAUAUCAUCCCGGGGGUGAGGAUGAACUAAUGAAAGCAGCAGGAACUGAUGGUACAGAUCUCUUUGAUCAGGUUCAUCGUUGGGUCAAUUAUGAAUCGAUGCUGAAGGAAUGUCUUGUUGGGAGAAUGGCUGUCAAGACUAUUGCUGCUCCAAAAGAGAUUUCUUCUACUCUGUCUGAAGAGAAGAAACAGCUUAAUGGUAUGCUUCCUGAGAAGAAAGUACUGGCUGCUUCUGCUAAAGAUUUAACUCUAAGUUAUGACUGGUUCCAAACAGAUAGUUUGAUCACCAUUGUCAUAUAUACUAAGCAGAAGGAUAUGAAUGCAGAGUUGGUGAUAGUUGACUGUCAAGACAAACGAUUAAGGGGAGAGAUCAUUGUGGAUGACCACUCAUAUCUUGUAGAAGUUGACUUAGAUCAUGCAGUUGAAGAAGACUUGGCUGUGAAUAUUGCUGAAAAAGUUGGGAAAGUAGAGAUUAUUUUAAAGAAAAAGGAUAACAUUCAUUGGAAAAUGCUAGGACAGCCCUUGGAGAGUCAUAAUACAUUUAUCAAACGCACGGACAGAGGACUGUUCUACAGAAAAUGCAAAUUGGUUUCUAAGACAGAAGUUACCCACGACACCAAGCUCUUCUGCUUAAUGUUGCCUAAGAGCACACAUCUCCAUGUUCCCACCGGGCAACACGUUUACCUCAAACAAAUCAUUGCAGGGACAGAGGUAGUAAAACCAUACACACCUGUAUUGUCUUUUUUGCCACUGGAUUUCAAAGAACCAUCUCGCAGUGCUGGUGCACAUAUAUAUUUAAUGAUUAAAAUUUAUUCCUGUGGACUGUUCACACAGGCACUUGACCACCUACAAAUUGGAGACUAUAUUUCUGUCAGCAAUCCUGAAGGUAACUUCAAGAAGUCACAGGUUCAAACUUUAGAAGAUCUCUUUUUAUUGGCAGCAGGGACAGGCUUCACACCAAUGGUUAAACUGCUAAAUUUUGCUCUGACUGAAGUUAGUCACCUCCGGACUGUGAAGCUGAUCUUCUUCAACAAAACAGAAGAUGACAUACUUUGGAGAAACCAACUGGAGCAUUUAGCUCUUAAAGAUGAAAGGUUUGAGGUUCAAUUUGUUCUUUCACAACCAACAAAGGACUGGGUGGGUAAACAGGGGAAGAUUUCUUCAUCUCUUCUCUCUGAGUUUGUGAAAAGAAGCAGAAAAGAAUCCAAAGUGCUUAUCUGCAUCUGUGGUCCAACGCCUUUUACAGAACAAGGAGUACAAUAUCUGAAGGAUCUUGGAUACUCCCAAGAAGAGAUACAUGCUUUUACUGCAUAAACACAUAGGAGGAUAUCAAUGUUUGUUUGUAUAAUUCAAUCUUAUUUAUUUACCUUCAUGAAUUUAAGUGAGAGAGAAGCAAUUUUGUAAGACUUGAAAUUUCACUCUUGGUACCAAACCGUUUCUCGGAAGAAAUAUAUCUUUGAAAAAAUUUUAUACUGUGUUUUACCUUGUUUUUGUAAAUAUUUUUGCUAAUACUUAAGUCGUCCAGGGUGUUAAUUUAUUGUAGAGACAAGCAAAAAUGUAUAGUAUACAUUAUGUAACAUAUUUCGUGUUGUUAGUUCAUGAGAAUUAUUAAAUUUAUGACAAGCACUGAUUUAGCUUUUGACUUGAAAAGCUUAUUAUUUCUUACUGUAAAAAGUCUUAAGAGCAAUACUGUCUGAAAUUAAAUAUUGCACUGUAACUCAGGUAACCGGUCAUUGAAAAAUGUUCUUUUUCAUCUGAUAUCUCUGCCUGGUGAUCCAGAUACAUUUUUGGCUUUGUAAACAAAGAAUAGAAGUACCUUUGGUAAAAUAUGAAAAUUUAUGUCAAACAAUAAAAAAUAAUAAUUUUACAGUACUUUAUGCAUUUUUGUGAAUGUUUUUUGUAUUUUCAGUUUGUACUGUUAUACAGAAAUGUUUGCACAAGCUUAGGGCACCUGUUGAGAACUCAGAACAGAGGCAGAGUGUCUUGGUCUCCUACAAAACUUUCUGUGUGACCUUGCUGGUAUCAGGCAUCCCUUGUCAUGAGCCAUUCUGAGGCUAAAAAUGACACCUUCUGGCCUGCAGAUCCCAGGGUAAGGACCACAGAAGUACCUAAAAAUAUUUGACAGCUUGCAGUAGUAUUAAAUGAGUUUAUUUGAAUCAGUGGGUUUGGUUUUUUUUUUACUCCAUUACUAAAAGUAUGUUAUCAUGAGGCAGUAAUCUGCUAACAGUAGUUUGGAGAAAAAAGCAGCAAAGCAGCUACCCCCCUUCUAGAUGUUGUCCGUAAUAUCUGCAGGCAUCGUUUCCUGUGACAUCUAGUACUGUUUGCAUCCUCCUCUUGUGUUGAAUGGGUAAGAAGCCAGACUUGGUGUUAAUACUGCAGCAGUCAUGAAAAAUGUUUUAAUAAUACCCUUUAAAAAGGUUAAAUUGCUAUCUGACAGUGACUGGCUAUGCUAAACUAAGCUGUCAUCUCUUAUGUGCCCUCUCGUUUAUUGGACUCAAAGUUAGAAAAGCAUCUGGUUGUCUGUCAUUGCCCAUAGGUCACAAGUUAUUUCAGAAGAGACAGUGGUAGUGUCAUCAUUUUGUCAUCUAGAAGGAUCUAAAUGUUUUCAGAUCUAAUCUUGCAAUGCAUUAUUUGUGGAGAUUUGUACUGCAAAGCUCUGAACAGGUUUCUAUUCUGCCGAACAGAAACAUCAGUGCUAUGCUGGAAAAACAAAACACUCGUUGAAUUUUAUCAUUUUUUUCUGUCACAAACAAAGAUUACUGUGGUGACUUAAAUUACAUUUUGGUGUUAAUGACUAAACCUUACUUCUUCCAUAGGAUACUGAGGAAUAUCUCAUGUUCCUGUCACCCAAGAUCUGAUGGGAUGGUCUCCUGUGUGAAAGAAUUUCAUUAAUUGCCUCCCUCACAGGCUUUUUGGUUUUACAGGUUACUUUGCCCUUUGUGCUUUGAUUGUCCUUAUCUGUCUUUAUUCUGAAAGAUAAAAUAAAGUGUUUUGGAAAG